AUGGCUUCCAUGCAUUAUUCAACUUCUUGUUGCAUUGCUUCAAUGUCUCUCAUUCUCACGCUCUCUUUCUUCUCUCCAUCUCUUGCAACUUCCCCCAUUUGCAGCUCCACUCCUUUUCCUUCCAUGUGCAACUCCAUUUUACCAGACAACCAAUCUGCCACAACCUGUGACCAUGGCCGUUUUUUGAUCCAUCGAUCCCUCGAGAAAACCAUGGAUUUUCAGUCUCUGGUGAAUGGGUACCUCAAGUUGCAGUAUGCAGUCCCCCAAAACACCAUCCAGGCGCUUGAGGAUUGUCGGUUUCUCAUAGACCUAAACAUGGAUUUCUUGUCUAACGUUGGUGGAGCUGUUGGAUUUACAGACAACCUUCAAAGUCCACUGUUGGACGAGACAUACAGUUUGCUUAGUGCAGUAUUGACCAACCAUCAAACAUGCCUAGAUGGGCUUCAAGCUACCAGUUCAGCUUCAAGUAUCCAAAAUGCAGUUUCAGCUCCACUCUACAAUGGAAGUUUGCUAUACAGCAUAUCGCUUGCAGUUUUUAGGCUCGGUUGGGCUCGCAAUUCCAGGACAGGCCGAUGGCUGACAGAAGAAGGACACGCUACAUUUUCUAAUUUUCUUCACAGUGGAGAGUUAGCAUCGACAAUGGCAAGCCAGGAUCAAAAGAGAUACGAGUUGCUGAGUGGAAGAAAAUUGCAGCAAACAAUUGGGAACAAGGUGAAAGUGAAUAGCGUGGUGGUUGUAAGCCAGGAUGGAAGCGGGGACUUUACCACCAUUAGUGAUGCAGUGACUGCAGCCCCAAAUAACACCGAUGUUAAAACUGGAUACUACUUGAUUUAUGUGACAGCCGGGAUUUAUGAGGAGUAUGUUUCUAUUCCCAAGUACAAGAAGUACUUGAUGAUGAUCGGUGAAGGCAUCAACAAGACUAUAAUCACUGGGAACCAUAGCGUGGUUGACGGGUGGACAACCUUUAAUUCUGCAACCUUUGCUGUGGUCGGGCAAGGAUUUGUAGGGUUGAAUCUAACCAUCCGUAACACAGCCGGCGCAGAGAAGCAUCAAGCAGUGGCACUAAGAAGUGAUGCCGAUUUGUCGGCUUUCUAUCAAUGCAGCUUCGAAGGAUACCAAGACACCUUGUACACACAUUCCCUAAGACAGUUUUAUAGGGAAUGCGAUGUGUAUGGUACCGUGGACUUCAUAUUCGGAAACGCAGCUGUUGUUCUCCAGAAGUGCAAUCUCUAUCCCCGGCUUCCCCUGCAAGGCCAGUUCAAUACAAUUACUGCACAAGGCAGGACAGAUAUCAAUCAGAACACUGGCAUUUCAAUACACAAUUGCAGCAUUACAGCUGCCCCGGACUUGGCAUCAAGCAAUGGCACGACGCAAACAUUUCUGGGGAGGCCAUGGAAGCAAUACUCAAGAACAGUGUACAUGCAAAGCUUCAUGGACAGCUUGAUUGAUCCUGCUGGUUGGGCGGCUUGGUCAGGGGAUUUUGCGCUGGAUACUUUAUACUAUGCAGAGUACGACAACAUGGGACCUGGCUCCGAUACCUCUAACAGGGUUGAUUGGCCCGGUUACCAUGUCAUCAAUUCCACAGAUGCAGCCAACUUCACUGUCUCCAACUUCAUAUCAGGAGAUGACUGGUUGCCUGCAACCGGAGUCCCUUACACUGCUACUCUGCUCUAAUAUAUAAGAAUUAAUUAAUAUCAACUAAUGUACUUCCCCAGAAAUCUUUCACUUUUCUAUAUGUUAUUUUGUUCUUGACAGUUGUUUACCACACACUCCCUGAUGUAAGAGUGCCAAUAAAAUAAAAUG